AUGGCAACACAAACCGCCACGGUAGCCACCGGCAGCACUAGCGGCAAACCGCAGGAGAAGAAAAGCCAGGAAAAAAUCGCAACCGAGUUUCAGCAGCUGCGGAAUCAGCAACUAAAUUUGGUCAACAACCUAAACGCGAUCGAGAUGGAUCUUAAAGAGCACAAAACUGUCAUCGACACACUGAAGGUGGUGGAACCUAGUCGAAAAUGCUUCCGGUUAGUUGGUGGCGUGCUGGUGGAACAAACCGUUGAGGUUGUGCUACCACAGCUGGAGCUGAACAAAACCCAGCUGGAGAAGCUGAUCGAGGAGGGCAAGGAACAAAUCACCAAGAAAGGCAUCGAGAUCAAUCAGUACAAGGAUGAGCACAAUAUCAAAAUGCGGGGACAGGAACCGACACCACCGGUAGGAAGCGAGAAGGAAAAUGCCGCAGAUGAUAAAUCGACCGGCAAUCGGAACGUUUUGGUGGGCAACCUAUAG